UUGGAUAAAAGAGUGCUCUAUCCACGGCGUGGUAGACAAUAUUCACAUUUGUUGGUUUAUAUGGUCUGAGAAUGGCAGUGUUCUUUUUGUCAUCAUUUGUGCUCUUGUUGGUUCUUGUCCAGCACAGUAAAGUUUGGGGACACAACAUUGUCAAUCUGCGAUGCGAGGUCCCAACUCAUGGCGGCUUUCUGUCACAUCACCCAGGCACAGGUACCGUUGAUACUUGUACAUGUACGAAGACCAAAGAAAAGGUAGCUGAUUUGGAAAAGAAGAUAAGGCUUCAACAAGAACAGUUAGUGAAAUCUGAUGCUUUGCUGUCGAAUCUAACUGAUACACUAGGAUCCGCCUUGGAGAAAAUCGAAAAAAUGGAAGAAAAACUAAAAGAGUGUCCACUUGGUUUCGUUGAACUCGGGGGCAGCUGCUAUUACUUCUCCACAGCUAAAAAGACUUGGCCCCAAGCUCAGGAGCACUGUCAAAGUCUCUCUGCCAAUCUGGCUACUAUAACUACCAAAGCUGAAAAUGAGAUGAUUGCGGCCAAUUUAUCAGAUUCAGUGCCCUACUGGUGGAUAGGUGCUAACGACCGGGAGAGCGAGGGUAGAUGGGUCUGGGUGGCUACCAACGCCACACUUACUUUCACAAACUGGAUGAAAGGUGAACCUAACAAUGCGUUCGAGGGAACAGAACAUUGUGGGAUGAUUUACUGGAAAAAGGAGAAAAACCAGUGGAAUGA